AUGAGUUGGCGACCCAGAUAUUUUGAUAUUGGAGUUAAUUUCUCUGAUUCAAUGUUUCAAGGCUAUUACAAUGGGUCAAAUAAUCGCAAACAUCCGUGUGAUAUCGAAGAUGUGAUUCGACGAGCACAUUUGUUUAAUGUUGACAAAAUGCUAAUUACGGCAUCUACAAUUCAAGAAAGCCGAGACCAUUUCGAAUUGUGUGAAAAAUAUGCCAAUCAAUUUACAUCAACUGCUGGCGUGCAUCCAUGUUCAGUGGCACAAGAGUUUUAUCAAAGAGAAGGUGAAACUUAUACGGAGCGAUUGAGAGAAGACGUCGAUGAUAGAUUAAGUGAGUUGAAAUCCAUAUUGAUCAAAGGUUAUGAAUUGGGACACGUUAAGGCAUUCGGCGAGAUAGGAUUGGACUAUGAUAGAUUGCACUACUCUACUAAAGAACAACAAGUGGAAAUGUUUACAAGACAACUAGACUUGUUGAAGGAUUUGCCGUUUAAGUUGCCAUUGUUUUUACAUAUGAGGGCUGCAUGCGACGACUUUGUAAGCAUUUUAAGACCCUAUAUUGAAAGCGGAGUCAUAGAAAAAGGACACGGAGUAGUACAUUCGUUUACUGGGUCUGAGGAAGAGUUGAUGAAAAUUUUGGACUUGGGGUUUUUUGUUGGAAUUAAUGGCUGCUCGCUAAAGACAGAGGAGAAUGUUUCAGUUGCGGCAAAGAUUCCUAUCGAUAGACUUAUGAUUGAAACAGACGCACCAUGGUGCGAGAUAAGAAAGAGCCAUGCAAGUUAUAAGUACAUAACUUCCUAUCCAAAUAAAUUUUAUCCCAAGAUUGAAACAAUUGACACAAUGAACGAGGCGAAACCCGUAUUCAAAUUGGAUGAAAACUUGCCUUUUCCUUCGAUAAAAAAAGAAGCAUACGAAAAACAUUCUGAGUAUGUACGGCAAAAGAUUAAAAACGGAGCCGAAGGGUCUACGGAUGCCAAAAUAGGCGUAUACAGUAGGCCAAUGAUCAAGUCCCGGAAUGAGCCUGUAGAAGUGGGUUUAGUAGCGGAAAUACUUUGCAAAAUUCAUGGCAUCAAUGAAGAGAAAGAUAUAGAGGCCUUUAUAGAUGAAAUAUUUGAAAAUUCAUGCAAGCUAUUUGCAUGA